AUGACCAAGGAAGAGAUCCAAGAGGCGAUCGAGCGUCAUCAGAAUGGCGGAACAGCGACUACCACUACGCAAUCUGUACAGCCGCCAGGGCAGCAGCAACAGCAAUUUACAACAGCAGCACCUAUGAUGAUGACUGCAGCUGCGCCCAUGCAAAUGAUGCAACGCCGACCGAAAUAUCCUCCCUACGUUCGAGUGUUGUGGACAGUGUCGUCGCUGGUGGAAGCUGCUAAAGUAAAGGAGGAGAAGGAGCAGGAGGCGAAGAAGGACGAGGCUCUGCUGGCCCAACUUUCGAGCGUGUCGGCGGCUAUUCAAAAGCAGACGGCCGAACUGGCCAAGUUGAGCUCUUCGUUAGACGAGAAGGAGCGUGACAUGCAGAGUAAAACGUUGUUGACCGCACAGAUUUCCAGCUCUCUGGCUGAACAGGGCAAUGCGCAGUCUAUCGCUGAAUUAAAGGCUGAGAUCUCGACGCUGAAGGCGCUGUUGCUUUCGAAGAAGGCGGAAAACUCUGGCGAAUCCCAUGCAGAACUGGUGAAAGAGACGAAGAAACAACGUGUUUCUGCUGCCACAGGAAACAUAGCUACUGAAGCGACUGCAACUUCAGUCAACCCGCAGCAACCGCCUGUGGUCUUGCAAGCUUCCAAAGCUGAGCGGAUGGAGAAGGCAUUGAAGAAGCUCAGAACCGAGAACUCGCUGGAACAACUGAAGCUGGCUGCGGGCAUUCUGAGUAUGUACGUCAAGAAUCUCGUCGAGAACCCGGACGUGCCUCGCUAUCGCCGAAUUGCUCCUGGUAACGCAAAUUUUAAGCAGAAGAUCGAGCCCCUCAAGCAUCACGAGGAGUUGCUUAAGUCCAUCGGCUUUGAGAUGGCAGGUCUUAACAUGGAGUGGAAGUGGCAUACAGCGAGCAAGACAACUGGCGCGUUUGACGAGAACAUCGCUAUUCUUCGCGCGCUGCUGAAGGCUCUUCAGUCGCUCACCAACCCAAAGUCAUCGUCCAGUCUGUCGCUUGAGGAGAUUGCACACGCUAGUCUAGAAGAAUAUUUUGCGGACAAAAAGAAGCAAGAUGUGGCUUCAACCACGACCACUACGACUACUGUCACAACGUCCAGCACUACUGAAGAGAAGCGUCAAGCGGUGCACAGCAGCAAAAGUAUGUUCAGUGCCCCGUCAGAAUCGGCCUCAACGAGUCUCGAUGCAUUCAUGGCUCGUCUGGAGCAACAAACCAGCGUCAGCAGUAUCGCCAAUGUCGAAACAAGCAUGAAGAAGGAGUUUUCAUCCUUUUCCUCCGAUCCCAUUGCGGCUAGUGAAGUGGCGUCAGCUGAUGACGAGGAGAAGAUGCCUGUGCCAGUAGCCAGCUCCAUCUCUCCGACGGUGACGGCAGGUGGACCGUCGUUUCCGGAGUCUUUCAAGGAGGUGAUGGAUCUUAUUCAAAAGGGUGAGACGGUGCCAGGCAUUCGCGACAUCGAGGACAAGUUGUCCGUCGACUCCAGUGCGCUGCUGAGCCAGCAGAUGAAAGCUGAUGAAGCAGUAGCAGCGAAGCCAUGGGAGAAGAUCAAAGCAUAGCUCCAACUUGGCGAAUAAAGUGUUGAUAACGAUGCAAUCUUUGCGAAACAGAAUGCAAAUUAGUUGUGGU